ACGAUCGGCGAGACAAAAGAUUCCAAGGCAACCGGGAAACAAACGACAACUCGUUGAUUUCGUCGCCGAUUUUUUUUCUUGAUCGUACGUACGCUCAGGACAAACUCUUUGUUUCAGGCUAAUUUCUCGAGUAUUGUAGAAAAAUAUAGUACCGAUAGAAUAGCAAAGAUAGAGGGAAUCGAGCGAAAAGUGUUCGCGAGUAACGAAAUCGUGUCGGGAACGUAGUGCGUGGAAAUCGAAGAUCGAAAAAAUGCGUGAAAUUGCCCAUCUCCAAGCUGGUCAAUGCGGCAAUCAGAUAGGAGCAAAGUUUUGGGAGGUGAUCUCCGACGAGCACGGUAUAGAUCCAACCGGCACCUACCACGGCGACUCCGAUCUCCAGCUGGAACGCAUAAACGUUUAUUACAACGAAGCGUCGGGAGGGAAGUACGUUCCAAGAGCGAUCCUGGUCGACUUGGAGCCGGGGACGAUGGACGCGGUACGCUCCGGCCCGUUCGGCCAGAUAUUUCGGCCGGACAAUUUCGUUUUCGGGCAGAGCGGCGCCGGGAACAAUUGGGCCAAAGGCCACUACACCGAAGGCGCUGAACUCGUCGACUCGGUCCUCGACGUGGUCCGGAAAGAGGCCGAAAGUUGCGACUGUUUGCAAGGAUUUCAGUUAACUCAUUCUCUCGGUGGUGGAACAGGAGCUGGAAUGGGAACGUUGCUUAUAUCGAAAAUUCGUGAGGAAUAUCCGGAUAGAAUUAUGAUGACGUUCAGCGUGGUGCCUUCUCCGAAGGUAUCCGACACGGUGGUCGAACCCUAUAACUGCACUCUGUCGGUGCAUCAAUUGGUUGAAAAUACAGACGAGUCUUAUUGUAUCGAUAACGAGGCCCUAUACGAUAUUUGCUUCCGUACGUUGAAGUUAACGACACCGACUUACGGUGAUUUGAAUCACUUGGUGAGCGCAACGCUUAGCGGAGUGACCACGUGUUUAAGAUUUCCUGGACAACUAAACGCCGACUUGCGUAAACUCGCUGUAAAUAUGGUACCCUUCCCCAGAUUGCAUUUCUUUAUCCCAGGUUUCGCACCCUUAACGUCCAGAGGUUCGCAGCAAUACAGAGCUCUAACGGUCCCGGAACUCACGCAACAAAUGUUUGACGCGAAAAACAUGAUGGCGGCGUGCGAUCCUCGCCACGGUCGUUACCUGACCGUGGCAGCCGUCUUUCGAGGGAGGAUGUCGAUGAAGGAGGUGGACGAACAAAUGCUCAAUAUUCAAAAUAAAAACAGUAGUUAUUUCGUGGAAUGGAUUCCUAGUAACGUUAAGACUGCCGUGUGCGACAUUCCCCCUCGCGGGUUAAAAAUGUCGGCAACUUUCAUUGGGAAUUCAACGGCGAUUCAGGAAUUGUUCAAGAGAGUAUCGGAACAAUUCACGGCGAUGUUCAGGCGGAAAGCUUUCCUGCAUUGGUACACGGGAGAGGGGAUGGACGAAAUGGAAUUCACCGAGGCUGAGAGCAAUAUGAACGACUUGGUCUCCGAGUACCAGCAAUAUCAAGAGGCUACCGCCGAGGAAGAAGGCGAGUUCGACGAAGAAGAAGAGGGUGAGGGUGAACACCCGUAAAAGUUGAAUUGUCUUUUAAAAAAGAAAAUAUAUAUAUAGUAUAAAUUUCGUUCCUUAUGAAAAAGUGCCUGUAUCACACGAAUUAGUAUUGCGUUUAAAAAUAGAUUUCUCUCCUUAACACGUUCGAAUCUUCCACCUCACCUUUUCAACGACUAUCUUACUCAAUCUGUCCUCUUAAGUCAGCGUUUAUUGUAACUUUAAAAAAAACACAUCGAAAUACGUUUUUUCAAUAUAUUAUGUAAAAUCGACCACCAAUAAGAUUUUUUCUUGGCAAAUUGUUUUUAAUAAAAAUCCACCGAUUAAUCGGCUACGGCUAUAUAAUAAUCGAAACCUCGUUUCCAUUGAUCCGUUUCAUCGGGCAGUUUUCUUCUUGUUGCGUUGUUGUUUCUUAUGCGCGUGUUCGUCUAUCCGCGCAUGCGUCUUGUGCACGUUUUUUGCGCAUCUGCCUCGUCCGCGAAAUAAACGGCCACCGAUGGAUCGUCGAGCGGUGAAAGCACAAGUCGAAAUCUCCAACGAUCGGCCCAACGAAUCAUUGAGCGUCCUGCGAAACGAAAACGCGGAUAGUAUUGUUAACGGUAUCGUUAUAUUCGAGGCGAUUCUUUUCAUCGUGCCACCACCACCGUUCUACAUUCGAUCGGUCGAGGUCUCUCUCCUCGAGAUUACUACAUUCGCGGUUGGCGAGCCACGAACAGAGACGGUACACACAACGUUGCAGAAAUCUCUCCUGCUUUGCAACGCGCUGUUUAUCGUCUCUACGCAUCUUUUCGCCUCUUUCGUUCGUAAUUCCUUCCCAUCCCCCUUCCAUCGUUACAUACAAUUCCAUCUUUAUCCUUUGUCCCGAUGUGCUCUUACCGAACGUAACGCAAAUUAUAUUAUUACGUACGUAAAACCGUAUCGAAUCUAAUAUAUAACCGUAAGUAUUUGCAUCGAACAGGUGCUAAUAAGCAACGGUUACGUGAAUGUAAAUAUAACCAAAGCGGAUGAGAAUAGACUGCGAAUAUCGAUUACUGGAAAUCUGCUUGUCGAAGCGAGAAGAAUUUGUCGUA